CGGGCUGGAGGCGCAGGCCAGGGGCCGCUCCAACAUGAACCUCGUGGGCAGCUACGCACACCAUCACCACCAUCACCACCAUCACCACCCACACCCAACGCACCCCAUGCUCCACGAACCCUUCCUCUUCGGCCCGGCCUCGCGCUGUCACCAGGAGCGGCCCUACUUCCAGAGCUGGCUGCUGAGCCCCGCUGACGCUGCCCCAGACUUCCCCGCCGGCGGGCCACCGCCCACAGCCGCGGCGGCCACCGCUGCCUACGGUCCGGACGCCAGGCCCGGCCAGAGCCCCGCGCGGCUGGAGGCGCUCGGCGGCCGGCUGGGCCGGCGGAAAGGCUCGGGACCCAAGAAGGAGCGGAGGCGCACGGAGAGCAUUAACAGCGCGUUCGCAGAGCUGCGCGAGUGCAUCCCCAACGUGCCUGCCGACACCAAGCUCUCCAAGAUCAAGACGCUGCGCCUGGCCACCAGCUACAUCGCCUAUCUGAUGGACGUGCUGGCCAAGGACGCUCAGGCCGGCGACCCCGAAGCCUUCAAGGCCGAACUCAAGAAGGCGGAUGGCGGCCGCGAGAGCAAGCGGAAAAGGGAUCUGCAGCAACACGAAGGCUUUCCUCCUGCCCUGGGCCCAGGAGAGAAGAGGAUUAAAGGGCGCACAGGCUGGCCGCAGCAAGUCUGGGCGCUGGAGUUAAACCAGUGAGCUGAGGCCGCGCCGAGGACCCCUUCACCGCUGCCCGACACCCGGAGCCCCGGGAGGAGAGGAAGGCGGCGGCGAGGGCCAGGCUCUGGGUGCCGGGGGCUUAUAAGGGCGCAUCCCGCAGAGCCUCUGCUGCGAGCUGGCAGGUCGCUGGCUGCAACAACACACUUGGAUCGCACGUGCAAUGUCAUUUGAAGUUGAUUUUAAUACAUUAAGAGAAAGAGAAAUAUAUAUAUAUAUCCACACCCCCCCCCCAAACUGAGAGAGUGGCUCUUGGCUGCACAAUGCGGGAGAAAGGGACUGCGGGACUCCAGCGCGCUAAAAAGCACCCUUCCAACCCUCUUGGGGCGAAUUUAGAACCCCCAUGCUUUCUCCACUAUGCCUUCUGGCUCUCUUCCUCGUUCUCCAGUCAGCUUUGCGUCAAAACCCCCCAGGCGCUCUCUUUCCUAAUUAAAAUGCAAUAAGAGGAAUCAAUAGUUUUCUGCCAGGGAAAGAGAAGCAAACCAGGAAGAUGGAGGGGUGCCUUUUGUUGUUGUUC